CAUGCUCCAAGACUCCUCGCCCAGUGCUCAACGAAACCUGAUGGCGGAGGACAGCUCGGACGACGUCGAGCGCACCUCGCUGACCGCAGGCAAGAUUCCCGACGUUGCGUCCGCCGGCCCGUUCAAGCGGCCCGGGGUCCUCAUCUCAGCAGUCGGCACUCAUGUUGCUGCCGUGGCGCUCUUGGCGAUGAUGUGGCGCACGCUGAAGAAGGCCCUCUCUCCCGAGGCACCGCUGCUGACGUGGCGGACCUUCCCUCUCCACCCCUUCCUCAUGACGCUCGCCUUUGGCUUCCUGUCGCCCGUCGCCGCGGCGGCGUGGCGGUCGUACGAGCACCUGCUCGGCUUCACCCACCGCCAGGUCAAGGUCUUCCACGGAGUGCUGAUGGGAGUCGCGGCGCUGACGGGCCUGCUCGGCGUCAUCGACAUGUGGCUCGUCCACGAGGACGGCGCAGCGGCACAGGUGGCGAAGGGGUGGGCGGUCCACUUCCAGUCGGCGCACUCAUGGGUCGGGAUCGUCGCGCUCGCUCUCUUCCUCCUCCAGGCGACGGGGGGCGCCGCCGCCUUUGCUCUCCCCCUCGUGCCUCCUGCCAAGCGUGCGGCGCUGCUCGCGCCCCACCGCUGGCUCGGCGCGGCGGCGGCACAGCAGGCUCGCAACCGCCUCCUCCUAGCCAGUAGAGAAGGUUCCGAGAAGGCUGCCUUUGUCGCUCUCAUCACGGGCAUCCUCUCCCUCGCCGGCCGGGGCGACAACGUCAAGGAGAGCGACGUGGGGUACAAGGCCGCGGCGGUGCGUGGCUAG